AUGGUGAGAGCCUCGAUUUCGAAAGCUUCUGGCGAGGUUAGUGGACCGAGCACCAUUCUCUCGCAAAAGAGACAACGUUCCGAUGAUAAAAGGAAGGGAGUGUGUACAGAAGACAGCAUUCUCUCGACGACGCUGUUAGAUUUGAAUAUUCUCGAUUGUCCCAUUUGCUUUGAAGCACUGAAGAUUCCUAUCUUCCAGUGUGACAAUGGACAUAUAGCUUGCUCUUCUUGCUGUCCCAAGCUGAAGAAUAAAUGUCCUUCAUGUGCUUUGCCUGUUGGCCACAUUCGCAACAGAGUAAUGGAGACUGUUCUUGAAUCCAUCGUUGUCCUAUGCCGAAACACCAUACGUGGAUGCAACAAAAAGUUCUCUUACGGGAAAGAAUCAAAUCAUGAAAAAGAAUGCGUGUUCUCUUCUUCUUGCUCCUGCCCUGUACGAGACUGCAAUUACACUGGCUGGUACAGGGGAAUUUACUAUCAUGGUCUUUUUUCUCACGAUCAUACGAAGAUCGAUUAUGGCUUUUCUUUUACUGUUCAGAUGAACAUCAGCGAUAAGAUGAUAAUUAAAAGGGAGGAGACGGAGACACUACUGUUUGUAGUGCAGUGUUUUAAAGAGCCGAAUGGUGUGUAUGUAACUGUAAGCUGCAUUGCACCAUCUGUUCCAGAAAUGGCACAGUUCUCAUAUGAACUCUCUUACACUACUGCUGAUGGAUACACUCUGAAUUUCAAAUCGCCAGAGGUGAAGAGGGUUCUUAAAGUUAGCUUCGAAACUCCUCAAGAGAAUUUCAUGUUGAUCCCUAACACUUUAUUGCGUGAUGUGAACAAGGUUCUUGAAGUGAGCUCUCAGAUCCUUAAAGACAAGUUCAUGUUUGUUCUUCACUGUUUAUUGCGUGGUAAGCUGUUGGAGAUGAAGAUUGGCAUUGGACUUAAGGUUCGGUCAGGCUCAUAA